GAGCUGCAAAGAGAGACUGGCAGAAACACACACAGACUCGCACUCAGUCACACACACGUGGAGCAGAGAGCAGCUCACACCGCAGGGAAACAGCACGUCCACAGACUUCUACAGAACCAGAGACAAGACAAGAGAGAGGAAAGAUAACACAGGAGACAGCUGGAGUUUAGCUGGGAAAAGAAAAAAGAGACACAGGCCUUGAGCAAGUUCGUACCCCAGCAGACACCAUGCUGUUUCUUGUGCUUUGCUGUUUCUGGCUCACACCGGCUGGCUUUGGUUUAGAGUUUCGUUAUCACAACUCAGCUGAGGUGGAGCAGUACCUGAGAGAGGUCAGCAGGAACUACUCCAGCUUCACGCAUCUGCACAGCAUAGGCCGCUCUGUAGAAGGCAGGGAGCUGUGGGUGUUAAUUCUGGGUCAGAAUCCUAGACAGCACCGCACCGGCAUUCCGGAAUUCAAAUACGUUGGCAACAUGCAUGGCAACGAGGUAGUUGGACGUGUCUUGCUGCUUCAGCUGAUUGAUUACCUGACCAAAAGUUACCUGAGCGACCCUUUUGUGACCAGACUGCUCAACAGCACACGCGUCCACAUCCUGCCCUCAAUGAACCCAGACGGCUUUGAAUCAUCUGGACGAGACUGCAUGUACUCACAGGGCAGGUUCAACAAGAAUGGUGUGGACCUCAACCGUAAUUUUCCGGACAUUUUCUCAAGUGAUAAUGGGCUUUUGAGGGAGAAAGAGGUGGUAGCUGUGAUGGCAUGGCUGAAGACAGAAACAUUUGUCCUUUCCGCUAACCUCCAUGGAGGAGCAGUGGUGGCCAGCUACCCCUAUGACAACAGUAAUGGAGGCAGUGAGCUGCAGCAGGGGUCUAGCAUCACCCCGGAUAAUGACGUCUUCAUCCACCUGGCCAAGACUUACUCAUUCAACCACACCACCAUGCACAAAGGAGACAGCUGCCACGACUCCAAAGACUUCGCUGAUGGCAUCACCAAUGGCUACGGCUGGUAUCCCCUCGCAGGGGGAAUGCAGGACUAUAAUUAUGUGUGGGGUCAGUGUUUGGAGCUCACCCUGGAACUGUCUUGCUGUAAGUUCCCUCCAGAGAAUGAGCUGCCGGGUCUGUGGGCGGCCAACAAGCCUGCACUGCUUGCAUACAUGCAGCAAGUUCAUCUAGGUUUGAAAGGUCAAGUGCUGGACUCGAAUGGGAUCCCUGUCCAGAAUGCCUCAGUGGAGGUUAAUGGGAGAAGAAACCUUUGUCCAUUCAGAACAGAUGGUAAUGGGGAGUAUUACAGGCUGCUGCUGCCUGGGAACUACACAAUCACGGUGACACACCCGGCACAUGAGUCCGUCACAGAGACCAUCUCAGUGCCGUACGGUCCGGAAAAAUUCAGUGCUUUAACACACAAUUUCCAGCUUCAGAGGAGCUCCAGCGGUUCUACCCUAGGAGCAACGAUAGAACCCACCUGUGUGCCCCCCGUGCUCCUAAACUCAGAGAACCACAGCGCCACCCUGCUGCCCAGCGCAUUCACUGCACUUAGUGCCCUUAUACUCCAUAGACUCCUGCUGUCCUGAGGAUAGCCUUCUACUUAGUGCUUAUUUGAAUGAAAAUGCACACUUUGCUCACCUUGCACAAUCACUUAAGCCUGGCUUAGUGGAUUUUGUUUCUGUUCAUCAGGUGAUUAUCUGUUUUCUGCAGGUUGCUACAGUAAGUGAAUGGACUCCAACAAUUGAGUUUAAAGUGCCAGAAUGAGGCCAACAGCUAUAGAUACACUGUGGUUUAUAUACAGUCCUUGACUUGUGGUAGAACAUAUUGUUUGUCUCCAUAUAGGCUAAAUCUGGGCCUUUUUGACCCAGUUGGGUCCAAAAGUAUCCAGACAUCAAGGGUAUUAAUAAGGAGUUUGUCACUCUAGGAAGGUUUUAUACGAGAUGUGGAGAUUUGAUUCAACUCCAGUGUUUUAUUAGUGAUAUUGUCCCAUUAAGUAGGAAAUAAUUCUUUUAAAAUUAAGUAUUAAAAACCCUGACCUAACUAGAAUCAGGUCCACUUUAUGCACAGGGGUUUGCUAAAUAU